UAUUUGCUCUCUUACUCAAAGUGCCUCAAACCAUAGGAAGGCGUUUUUUCGUUUGCUAGAUUAGAGUUAUUAGGCGUGGACAAAAGCUUACAUAUAGUUUGCCUUAAUAGCGGUUUGUCAUUGAGAGCUAUGCAGCUCGAGAAUUGCAUCUUGCCAGUUAGUGUACUAUCCAAGAAAUGUCUGAAUGUGGGCAGUGGCUACCCAUGCUCCGAUGGAUCUGAGCUGCAGGACCAUACUAUUAUAUCUGCUAGUGACAACCUGGAGAGAAGUUCACCUCUGAAAAAAAAUUCCAUGGGGAUGACGAAUCAGUCAGAGGCAGACAAUUUUUCCGACUCCAAGGACGCAUCAGGGGACGUCCAGAGAGGAAAACUCUCUCCUGAUCUCCACGGAGUCUCUGAAAUUCGUCAUAAUUUCGAUGGAUCUUCAGGAGAAAGGUAUAUCCUUUCUCAAUCUAACCAACCACAGUCAGUCGCAGCAACUCCAAGUGCUAUGUUCCCCUAUCCGAGUCAACAUGGACCAGCGCACCCGGCUUUUUCUAUUGGGAGUCCGAGUCGUUAUAUGGCCCACCAUCCAGUCAUCACUAAUGGAGCGUACAACAGUCUUCUGACCAACAGCUCCCCGCAAGGCUACCCAACCGCGGGUUACCCAUACGCGCAACAGUAUGGACACACUUAUCAAGGAGCGGCAUUCUACCAGUUUUCCUCCGCGCAAGCUGGGCUGGUGCCUGGGAAAGCGCAGGUAUAUCUGUGCAACAGGGCCCUGUGGCUGAAGUUUCACAGACAUCAAACAGAGAUGAUAAUCACUAAACAAGGACGACGGAUGUUCCCCUUUUUGAGUUUCAAUAUUUCUGGUCUCGACCCGACGGCGCACUACAAUAUAUUUGUGGAUGUUAUUCUUGCUGAUCCAAAUCACUGGCGAUUCCAAGGUGGCAAGUGGGUACCAUGUGGCAAAGCGGAUACAAAUGUGACAGGAAACAGGGUGUAUAUGCACCCUGACUCUCCAAACACCGGGGCGCACUGGAUGCGCCAAGAAAUCUCAUUUGGAAAGCUGAAGUUAACGAACAAUAAAGGAGGUUCAAACAACACGGGACAGAUGGUGGUUCUACAAUCCCUUCACAAGUACCAACCCAGGCUCCAUGUAGUGGAAGUCAACGAAGAUGGAACCGAGGACUCCAGCCAACCUGGAAGAGUACAAACGUUCACUUUCCCAGAAACACAGUUUAUCGCAGUCACAGCAUACCAGAAUACAGACAUUACGCAGCUAAAAAUCGACCACAAUCCAUUUGCUAAAGGAUUUCGGGACAACUAUGACACUGUCUACACAGGUUGCGACAUUGACCGGUUAACGCCAUCACCGGGUGACUCACCUCGCUCUCAGAUCAUGCCUGGUGCGAGAUAUGCCAUGGCUGGUUCUUUCCUACAGGACCAAUUUGUCAGCAGUUAUGCCAAAUCUCGCUUUCACCCUGGCGUAGGGACUGGUCCUGGCACGGACCGCAGCGUCCCACUUAGUAACAGCUUGCUAUCCCCGCAACAAACCGAAGAACCCACAGUUGCAUCCCCGCAGCGAUGGUUUGUCACCCCUGCCAAUAACCGACUGGACUUUGCCGCCUCGGCAUACGAUGCCGCCGCGGCUGCUGAUUUUGCGGGUAACGCGGCCACCCUGCUGUCAUAUGCAGCCGCUGGAGUAAAGGCCCUUCCCCUGCCCACUGCAGGGUGCUCAAGCAGACCUCUCGGUUACUAUGCCGACCCAUCCGGUUGGGGCACACGCACACCACCCCAGUACUGCAGUAAGUCAAGUCCUGUUCUAUCCUGCUGGCCCACAAAUUCUGUUGGCGGCAGAUCAGGCACCUCUAACUACCUGGUUGAUGACGCCGACACCAUUCCAACAGAAAGGUCACCCAUCGGAGGGUCCGAUGAGGCAAAACCAAAAGACUUAUCCGAAUCCAGCUGGAUAGAGACGCCGUCUUCAAUCAAGUCGAUUGAUUCAAGUGAUUCUGGUAUUUUUGAGCAAGCCAAACGGAGAAGAAUUUCACCGUCUGCCACACCGGUUUCGGAAACCCAGUUGAAAUCUGAGAUGUUGGCGCCAAGAGAGUGUGAGAAAAAUUGCGCCAAGGACAUUGGUUACUAUAGUUUCUAUCCACACAGUUAAACAUCCAUACAUCUGGGGGGAAAAAACGCAUGACCCAUGUGUUAUUUUUUAGAUCCAUCUAUCUGUAGCCCAUAUCCAACUGAUAAUAUCCAACGGACAGGCCUAUCAGUUGCAAUGCACACCCUACCCUGUCUUGGGCCAACAUUGACGAACGAUUUAAAGAUGUUGCGUCGUAGUGCAUAGGCAUACUAGGCAAAUUUAGGCGAGAUUCUUCCAUUUAACAGUAUUAGUUUGCUAUCUGAUAGGCCUUAAUACAAUAGGCUAUUUAUUUAAUUUGAAGAUUUUUCACCAACAGCAAUUGUCUAUUGUAAUUAUGAAAAUAAUGUACAUAAUAUUUAGCCCUUUAGUGAUACUGUGAAAUUAAUGUAAACUAUUGAAUUCAUUUGUAAUAUUUCUAAGUGUAGACAUACUCGUUGGUUGUGUUUCAAAACGCAUAUCGUAGGCCUAUACUAUAAACAAGUGAUCUCAUACAAUGUGUUAGAUAACAAAAAAAUAACUAUUGCGAGUCUAUGAUGGCUAUGUCGUUGUGUAGCAUUAUUUUACUGGUAGGAGCGAGAUCGGAGGAUAUGUAGCCUAAUUAUUUCGAAACUCAUUGUAGUAGGCUACUCUUUGCCCAUCAUGUUCAAUCACAGUGUCAGUACAAAAUAUCCAGAUGUUAGACAUUUGAGGACGCAGCCAUUUUAUCUUACGCAAAAUAAGAUGGAAAUUCAUUAUAGGUGUGGUAAUAAACGUUUUAAAUGUUGAUAUAGUGUACUUUUUACUAGGCUACAUUAAUAAGGGGAAAAAACAAUGUUGUAAUUUUUACGUCUUUUUCGGACCUUCCAUUAUUUUUUACAGAUUGUGUACUAGUGUAUGUGGAAGCUUCUGUAUCUGCUGUAAUGUGCUUCAUUGCAAUAAAUUAUAGAAACGUUGGA